UUUUCAUGAGAUGUCACAAAGCAAUGCUUGAUUGAAAUGUUGUUUUGAAUAUCAUAAUAAAAGUGAUUGGUUGAAUAAAAUGAAAGGAUGUAAAAACUCACUAGCCUCCGACAACAGCGUGCACAGUUACAGAUUUUGUAAGAAAGGAAAAACGUACAUAUCUUAAGUUAUGUUUGUGUUUCGAAACUAAACGUGCCUUGUUGUAGCUUGGAUUUUUGUACCAAGCAGAGUUAAUAAAACGAUGCUACUGCUACGUGUUACGCUGAACAGUUUUCACACUAAGGCGACGAUAUUCCUUAGAAGCAGACGCACGUUCAAAAAUUGGUGUGGCUGCAUCAAACCCAAGCCUAACUGUGCUCCGUUCCGUGACCGCUGGAAGGCAGCGGCGUUCGUGGUCGUCUGCACGUCGAUUGGUGCAGCUUUGCCGAUGUUCUUGAGCUCGCUGUUUGACGAAGAGGGAAACUUCUCAGGUAAUGAGUCGAACAAUGAUGAGGAUGUCGAAAAACCACAACGAUUCAAGAGGCCCCGAAUUUUAAGGUCAAACACUGGCUAUGAGAACCCUUUCUGAUGCUGUCAAAUGUUUAAACACGCUUUGUGUGACAUUGUUUCAAACACGUUCUGUGAUCGUGUCUAACAUAUAGUGUGUGAUAGUGUAUAAAACAUUGUGUGACCGUUUUAAAGCAUCGUGUGUGAUAGCUUUAAAAACUAUUGUAUUUGUGAUAGUCUUUUGAUAAAUACCUGUGAUAAUUUUCCGAUAGCCUAGAUUUUUUUUGCUUGUUAAAACGCUGUUUGAUUGGGUUUUAUUAAUAAAUGUU